AUGAUUGCAGGUCGUGCCAAGGUGAUCAGGGAGCAGUGGGGAUCUGACAAAGGAUCCAUGAUGGCGGUGGAGACUGACCUGCAACGGGUAGAAGCUAUUUUGUCAAACAGCAAUUCGGCUGAAGAGUCAGCGUCAAUCGCUUGUCAUAAUGGUCCAAAUAGCUUCACCCUUGCCGGUACCACCCAGUCGAUCAAAGCGGUCGAAAGAUACAUAUUGAGUGACAAGAGCAGCCCGCCUGUGCGGUGGAAGAAGUUGAACGUCACAAAUGCAUUUCACUCUAGCCUUGUUGACGAUUUGAGAUCACAGUUGGAACAAAUGGCCCGAGCUUUUCGAUUUAGGAAACCGACAAUCCCGAUAGAAUUCGCCACAAAGGAAAGAUACACGGAAGACCCGGGUAUGACCUUCAUCGCAAGUCACAUGAGAAAUCCAGUGUACUUCCAUCAUGCCGUCAACAGACUUUCAAAAAGACUCCAGGUAUGCGUGUGGCUGGAGGCGGGAUCCGGUUCAACGGUCACUCAGAUGGUCAGUCGAGCGUUGAGUGGAGCAGGCACUACUUCGCAUUCAUUUGUCCCUGUGGACAUCGUGACCGGCAGCGCAACAUCCAAUCUGACACGCGCGACUGUUGAUCUCUGGAAAGCCGGGUUAGAUGCAACGUUUUGGCAACAUCAUCCAUCGCAAACAAGUCAGUAUGCCACACUCAUCUUGCCGCCAUAUCAGUUCGAGAGAUCGCGUCAUUGGCUGGAACUCAAAGAACCCUCAAGUCAAGUCACACAGGUGCCAUGCACGGAGAGGAUUGAAGGGCUUUGGGAAUUCUCGGCAUAUCAAGACGAAGAUCAUCGUGCGAUUCGGUUCCGUGUACGAUGUGAGUCAGAGCAAUAUAAGGAGAUUGUUUCUGGUCACACCAUCGCUCGGACAGCUCCAAUUUGCCCAGCAACUUUAGAGGUGGAUAUGGCGAUUGAUGCUCUUAUGAAUGUGCACUCAGAGUUCAGGACAGAUGGUCUGCAGCCUCAAAUUCUCAACGUGGAAAAUCAUGCUCCAGUCUGUUUUGAUUCGUCACGCAUCUUGUGGCUGGACUUGGUGGCCAAGGACUCCGGUACUGCCCCAUCCCGAGAAUGGACUUGGAGUCUCAUAAGUGAGAAGAGUUCCACGGAUGCGGCCCCCACAGUCCAUGUCAGAGGGGAACUUGUAUUCUGUCAUGCGGAUGACGCGCAAGUACAGGCGGAGUUCUCUCGGUAUGAACGCUUGGUGACUCAUCAGCGCUGUGUCGACCUCCUUUAUGGCAACGAUCCCAAUGAUGACAUAGUCCAGGGCUCGAGCAUUUACAGAAUAUUCGAUGACAUUGUUCAAUACGGACCGAGAUUCCAAGGACUGAACAGACUGGUUGGUAGAAGCUCAACAAAUGAAUCCGCCGGACGUGUCACGAAGAAAUAUCAGGGCAGGACUUGGCUCGACGCUGACCUUUCUGAUUGCUUUAGUCAAGUUGGUGGGAUCUGGGUGAAUUGCAUGACCGGUAAAGCUGAAGGAGACAUGUAUAUUGCGAACGGAUUUGAGAAAUGGGUGCGUUCUCCGAGACUUCUUCGCGGCACCCCUCGACCUGAGACGUGGGAGGUAUUGGCGUGUCAUGAAAGACGCGGCGAGAGCAUCUUCUUGACUGAUAUUUUCAUUUUCGAUCCAAGGGGAGGAACCUUGGUCGAGGUGAUACUGGGAAUAAACUUUGCCAAAGUGUCCAAGCUAUCAAUGAGCAGGCUGUUAGCUCGCCUCUCUGCUGAUGUCAAGGCUCCGUUGGCAGAAUCGGCACAAAUUGGUGCUGUGGGCCGAAAUACGGGAGAUGAGCCGCUGGGGAAAGCGUGUGAAACCCCAACCCACGAUGUGGUAUCGAAAGUGCGACUCAUCCUAGCCGAUCUGUCUGGUCUAGAGACCAAUGAGAUCAAAGAAGAUUCACACCUGGCAGAUAUUGGUAUUGAUUCGCUCAUGGGCAUGGAGCUCGCUCGCGAGUUGGAAGGGGCAUUCAGCUGCACUUUGUCCACAGAUGCCUUGAUGGAAGUGUUCAGCUUCGAAGGACUUGUUGAGUGCAUUCGCCAAACACUAGGCUUGUCAGAAUCUAGCGACACCUCCGACGCGAACGCAACUUCGCCAGAUGCGACUGAUACGGCACAAAGCUCGACAGAAGAGAUGCCAUGUGACUUUUCUACCUGCGAGGUUCCAUCGAAAGAGUUCAUCUCCGAGUCACUUCCAACGGAAGCGAAAAUGGUAUCUGCGAGUUCCAAAGGCCAUCUCAUGACACCUUCAUCGGUGGUACUCGAGGCCUUUGCAGAGUGCAAAGCGCUUACGGAUCACUUCAUAGAAGACGAAAAUUGCAAUGGAUAUUUACGGCUUGUCAUGCCGAGACAAACAGAGCUUUGUGUCGCGCUUGCAAUAGAAGCAUUUGCCAAGUUGGGAUGUGAUCUGCGCUUGGCGAGGGCUGGACAAGAGCUUAACCGCAUCACCCAUAUACCGACGCUGCAAGGCCUUGUUGACUAUGUUUAUGACAUGGUUGGAAAGGAGUCCGGUAUAAUCGAAAAUCGCGGCAGUGUGAUUAUGCGCACAUCGGUGGCAGCCCCGUCAGAGUCCAGUGCUGAUAUACUUCAAGCUCUCCUACAUUCUGCGCCUGAGCAUCAAUACCCCCAUAUGCUGACACACUUCGCUGGGUCACGGCUUGCGGAGGUGUUGUCGGGCAAGUCAGAUGGCAUAAAAGUGAUAUUUGGCACGGACGAGGGAAGACAACUUGCUUCCGGUCUAUAUGCAGAUUCGCCAUUGAACAAACUUUCAUAUAUGCAGAUGCAGGAUUUUGUCAAGCGGUUUGUUUCAAAGUUGCCAGAAAUGAAUGGGCCGCUGAAGGUCCUGGAGCUUGGAGCUGGGACUGGAGGAACCACAAAGUGGAUCGUUCCGCUUCUGGCCGAUCUCGGAAUCCCCGUCGAAUACGUGUUUAGCGAUCUCUCGUCGUCAUUUGUCGCCGCUGGAAGAAAGAGAUUUGGGAAGAAGUAUCCUUUCAUGAGUUUCAGAGUCUUUGAUGUCGAAAAGGAAUGUGAGCAGAGCCUUCUGGGUACACAGCACAUGGUAUUGGCCAGCAACGCAGUGCAUGCAACUCACAAUCUGAAGAAGUCUUUGGUAAAUAUCAGACAAACUCUGCGUCCUGACGGGUUCAUCGUCAUCCUGGAGAUGACAAGAACCAUUUAUUGGGUGGACAUGAUUUUUGGCCUCCUGGAGGGAUGGUGGCUUUUCGAUGAUGGACGUCGACAUGCGAUCGCUCACCAAUCUCGGUGGAGGGACGAUCUUUACUCGGCUGGAUACAGCCAUGUUGAUUGGUCUGACGGCAAUCAUCCAGAAACGACGAUCCAACGUGUCUUUCUAGCACUCAAUGGGGAAGAAGCCAGAUCGCCGCCGGCGUCGGACAUAAAAGCACGACAGGGAAUGAUUGAUGCCUACGUAGAGAACUAUACCCGAGACUUUAUGGUCCCAGAUUCGCCCUCGGGCUGUUCUGUCGCGACGGACGGUUUGUGCGUUUUGGUGACUGGAGCGACGGGUAGUCUCGGCUCACACAUAGUUGCGCAUCUGUCUCAGCUACCCCAGGUGCAGACAGUCAUCUGCUUGAAUCGGAGGGGGCAGAUGGACCCGCGCGAGCGCCAGCUCGAUGCCAUGAAAUCGCGAGGGAUUCGAGAGGCCAACUUCUCAAAGCUUGAUAUUAUCGAAACAGACACUGCAAGCCCAAUGCUUGGAUUGGAGCAGCAUCAAUACAACCACAUUGCAUCAAGGAUUACGCAUGUUGUUCACAACGCAUGGCCAAUGAGUGGGAAGCGCCCGUUGAAAGGUUUCGAGGGUCAGUUCAAAGCCAUGCGGAGUCUCCUUGAUAUUACCAGUGCAGCAGCCUCCGUACAAGGAAUCAUGAUCGGCUUCCAGUUUGUAUCAUCCAUCGCAGUCGUUGGUCACCAGCCCACCUUGACUGGUAACGCGUUGGUUUUGGAGGAACGAGUGCAGACAGCGGCAGCAGUUCUUUCGAAUGGGUAUGGUGACGCCAAGUGGACAUGCGAGCGAAUGCUUGAUCACACAUUGCACAAAUAUCCGCAGAGUUUCCGGGUCAUGACGGUUCGUCCAGGGCAAAUUGCUGGCUCCAGUACGAGUGGGUAUUGGAACGAGAUGGAGCAUCUGAGCUUCAUGGUGAAAUCUUCCCAAACUAUUGGGGCAUUCCCCACACUGGAUGGCAUUCUUUCUUGGACCCCGGUAAACGACGCGGCGGCCGUUCUAUGUGAUCUCAUCAGCCAUUAUACCAGCUCAUCGUACCCCGUAUAUCACGUUGACAAUCCUGUGCGGCAGCCGUGGGCUGAAAUGACCCAGAUUUUGGGCGAGGCUAUCGGCAGUGAGGUUGUUCCGUUCGACGAGUGGCUGCAGCGAGUUCACAAUUGUUCCUCAUCGCUUGCAUCUGGGAACCCCGCGGCUAAACUGAUUGAAUUUUUUGAACACGACUUUACGCGUAUGUCCUGCGGAGCCUUGAUGCUCGAUACCACUCGGGCUUGUGAGCACUCUAGCUCAUUGAGGGCUGUCAGGCCUGUGAGCGUAGACCUGGCUCGAAGGUAUAUUCAGUCGUGGAGAUUAGCCGGCGUUUUGAAAGACUGA